UAGGAGGCGAGGGGUGCAGCGUGGCGGCCUCUGCGGCUGUUCUCCGCGGGCAGGAGAGCGGCCUUUCCCCGCCUCCCUUUCCUUCCCCUCCUAUUGAGUGAUUCGAGCGGUGCGCUUCCCACUUCCGCCCCCUCUGCCUGCCUCUGGAACUAGAGACGCCGAAUAAGUUGCGGCCGCCGAACAGCCGGCUCUCCCCUUCUUCUCCUCAUCUUUGCUCUCUCCUGCCCUUUCUCUCCUUUCCUCUUUCUUCUCUGGCCGCCGUCGCAGCCGCUGUCGCCCCGAGGCCUCGCGACCGCCGAGCCCGCAGCCCACGCCGCGGCCGACAUGAGCUUCUUGUUUCUUAGGAGAUGAAAGGAUGGGAAUGGACAUUGAAAGAAAGCUUUGGACAUUGCACUACCAUUUGUUUUAUUACUCUGAGUCAUUCUGGUUCAGGAAAAGGAAAGAGAUGCUGGGAGAGAAUUUGGUGUUUAAUGCAUUAUCUGAUUAAAGUGAAGAAGAGUUUCAACACUCUAGUUGGUAGUCGCUCCUCUAAAACAUUUAAACCAAAGAAGAACAUUCCAGAAGGUUCUCACCAAUAUGAGCUCUUAAAGCAUGCAGAAGCCACACUUGGCAGUGGCAACCUCCGGAUGGCUGUCAUGCUUCCUGAGGGAGAAGAUCUAAACGAGUGGGUUGCAGUGAACACUGUGGAUUUCUUCAAUCAGAUCAACAUGCUUUAUGGAACAAUCACAGAUUUCUGUACAGAGGAAAGUUGUCCAGUGAUGUCAGCUGGCCCAAAAUAUGAGUAUCAUUGGGCAGAUGGAACAAACAUAAAGAAGCCUAUUAAGUGCUCUGCGCCAAAGUAUAUUGAUUACCUGAUGACAUGGGUUCAGGACCAGUUGGAUGAUGAGACAUUAUUCCCAUCGAAAAUUGGUGUCCCAUUCCCGAAGAACUUCAUGUCUGUGGCAAAAACUAUACUCAAACGCCUCUUUAGGGUUUAUGCUCACAUUUAUCAUCAGCAUUUUGACCCUGUGAUCCAGCUUCAGGAGGAAGCACAUCUAAAUACAUCUUUCAAGCACUUUAUCUUUUUUGUCCAGGAAUUCAACCUGAUUGAUAGAAGAGAACUUGCACCACUCCAAGAACUGAUUGAAAAACUCACCUCAAAGGACAGAUAAAAGGAUGCAGAACUGUGCGGAUUGUUCCUCAAAUGAAGUUAUAUGGAAUAUAUUUGGAUUUUGUUGUAUUUUUAUCUUGGUUGUUUUGUCUUAAGUUUGGGGGGCUUGUUUGGGUUAUUUUUCUUUAUUCUGAAUAAAUGAAACCAUAUUCUAUUGCUAGAGGAAGCCAAGAACCAUUCUCUAUACAUUUGAUAGGCAUAAAUUUUGUCUUAGUGGCAUAGAGUAUUUUUUUUAAACUUGGUUUUGAUUACUUGUGUAAUUUUUGAUAAUAUUGUAUGUUGAAAGAAAAUGCUUACUGAUUGGACUGCUGAUGGAUGGGGUUCUGUGUUGUAAAAAUUGUGGCUGAAUUUUGAAGUCCCCAAAAGACUUAUGUUUUUAAGUGCCUUGGUAGGCUCACUUCUGAGGUGCAAAGCACAGACAUAGAACUGACUAGGGCUUGAAACAAUAUUAAGGUUACUACCCAGGGCACUUGCUAAUGCAUGUUUUAAACUAUCUAUGAUAAAAGCCAUAAUUUACCUAAAUCAGUGAUCUCCAGCUUUUACUACAUUGAAGAAAUAUAAUUUGUAAAGGUGUGCAUGUAGAACAUAAAAAAUUAGUAUUUCUUAUUUUUUAUAUUAAUGGUAAUUCUGUUCAACACAUGUUGAAAAUUCUACAACCAGGUCUUUUUUCAUCUCUUGAUAUAUGUGAUAUUGAAACUUGAGGAUGUUGAAAUGUAAUACCUAUUGCAUUUUGGCUUCUUUCUACAUGUUAACUGCACUGUAGGUGUAGGUAUUCAGGUUAUAUACAGGCUUGCCAUCUUCAGAUGUGAUGCUGAACUGUGAGGUUUCUUAGCAAUUGCCAAAUGAGCCAUAAGUCUGCAGAAUUCCCUUUUACUUUGAAGAAGAGGGGAUAGGAGUGUGUGUUUGGUUGUAGAGGGUUAGUUUAUAUGGGGAUGUGGGGAUGGAAUUAAGUAUGGGGAGUCAAGUUUAAAAAGGUCCUGUCUUAAAACUCUUGAAUAGAAUGGCAUGAAGAUUUUAAUCAAUUUGUUUUAAGCAGUCUUAGAGACUUCUUUUUAACAAUCAACUUCCAUGAGAAGUUAAAAAUAAAUGAUUAAUUUUAGGUAUAGAUAUUAAAUAUGUAAUCCAAGAACUGUUUGGGGGAAAUUGACCACUUUCCAGCAUUUCCAUUCAGUGAAUGGAGCUGGUGUUUGCUUGUCAUUUAAAAAUGAUACAGUACCUUCUUUGCUUAAUAAUAGGCCCAGUUUGAAGCAUCUGACUUCUGAUUUUUUCACUGUGAUAGAAUACUUUGCAGUGAUAUCAAACAAUGAAAGUGCUAAUUCAGUAAUUUUUACAUUUUCCAUGACUCUAGUGAAUUACUCCCAUAAUAAAAAGUUCAGAAACUUGGUUUUUAAAAUAAAUAUUAACAUUUUCACUUCAGUUUUAUUCUUGAGAUAUAUCCUUUUCAGACUUCCAGUUUUAAUUUUGUCAUUUCUGGUAAAUCUGUUUCCUUCAUUUAGAAAUAUAUACCUUUUUUCCUUGUAGAAUAGAAAUCUUGCUUUGAAAUUGUAUGCACUAAAAAUACUUAGAAAAGAAUCUAAAAUGAAAUCAAUUUGUUUUUGCCAUUAACAAGUAGAGCAGUGAUACAGUUUAAUGCCAUUAUAAUUAUGAUCACUUGGAACUGCCUUUUUCUCCAUUUCAUUUAUAACAGUCAUUCGCCAAGUACCAACACAAGAAGUAAUAGAGUCUGGCAGAGACAAAUAUAUUGGACAUUCAUUGGUAAUACUUGAUGAUAAACUGCAGUGAGUACUAGCUGAUUUCCUUAAAAGAAAAUCUUUUAGUAUCCAAAUAUGUAAUAUCAGCCAUCAUGGGUUUUUUCAAAAAUAAAAUUUGGCUCGAAGUAAUUUGGGGUCCUGUCUAUUUAGGAAAAUGAAGCACAUGAUUACUCAAGUAGUUUUUCAUACUGCAUUUGACUUUAUAUCAACUUAGUAACAAAAGGGUUGCAAUAACCAAGUAUAGAGAGAAUAGUGAAAAAUUGUUCUUGCUCUUUUAAGCCUUAUAUAGUAGUACACCAUGAAAAUGGAAAAAAUGUUUCUAUAAAUUAGUGUUUAGUAAUAGGACCUACUUUCCCACUGUAUAUGUAUAGGAGUUUGUUGUCACUGUGCCAGAAUCUCAGGUGCCUGCUUAUGAGUGUUCCUUUAAACAGAGUUAUCGGGAAGUAAGAAGUUAUGUAUGUGUAUAUAGGGUAACUAAGUAGAGAAGUUCUCCCAGGGAAAGGCCUGGCAUUGCACAUGGUGUUACAUGGCUACAAGUAGGGAAACAUUCACCAGAGCAUGUGAGAAAUAACUGAUUUAAUAAAAAAUUGCUUUAAUUCAUUUGGUUCCCAUGCGCGAUAGUUAGAUGCCCUUUACAAAAUAAGGAUCAAAUCUUGGCUUUGCAGCAGAGCUUGCUUAUAAAUGCUAUUGGAUUCUUUCCAGAUCUCUUUAUUUAAUUUAUAAAUAAUCAAGAUAAGAAUCUCUCCCACCUCAUUGUUUAUACAGAAAUAUAAAGCAGAAGUUGGUUUUCUUUUGAUAAAAGCAUAAACUGUAAAAUAGUAAGUUAACAUAAUAUUAUUGUCACAAUGCUUUGGUUAAAUAUUGAUAUGAAGCAAGUUUUAGGAAUUAUUUUAAAUGAUGGAGUAAUGGUGUUAGAACUUAAUAACAGAAAGAGUGAAAAUCUUUUAGUUAGCAGUAGGUGGUGCUACUGGCUUUCAUUUGCUGACCUGAUUAUGCCAUAAAACCCAUGGCAUUAGAUGUAUCUAAAACAGUAAGCAUGUGUUAGUUGGUAGAGGCUUUGGAAGUCAGUUUACUUUAAAUUGAAAGAUUUCGGAUUGCUGUUGUUUUUUACCUUUGUCAUUUGUAGAUUCUAAGUGGUCAGUAUAAAAUGUAUUAGGAGAAGACAUGUUUAGUGUAUAAUAUAUCUCAGACUGAGUUACUUCCUGAUUUAUCAAGAAAGGUAAAGCACUACAAUUGCUUAUAUUCAGGAAUUACAGAUGAUGUGGAUAUUUAUAUUUUACAUAUAAUCACGAGACUCCAUUUUAUGUAUUAGCAUUUUCCUUGCUUAUGGGGAAAGAGCAAAAUGACAGAUUUCUUUUAUACUUCUAUCUACACCCUCUCUGAGAGAGGUUUUUAUAACCACUGAAAUGGUAAAAUAUGUAACAUGCAAUUACUAAGUUGUAGGACUUUCUUUUAAGAUAAAUAUAUUACACCUUAAACAUCCAAAUGAGAGUUGAUCUUCAGAGUGGUUCCUUUAGGAGGACUACUUAUUCUAGCUAUGCUGCAAAGGUAUUGGAAUGAUUUUGGAAUGCUUUCAAAGAUGCCUUGAAUAUCAGGUUAUGACUAUGCAAGAAAAUCUAUUUCAUCAUUUUAGUUGUAUCAGAAUCUUUUUUGCAGCUUAAUGUGACCUAUUUCAUUGACCAAACCAACUCUACUUUGCUGUUUUCUUAGAACUAAACCAUCUGGGUAGUUCAAAAGAAUGUGCCACAGGUUCUGAAUUUGCAGAAGAGAAUGUUUUGAGCAUUGAUAGCAUCAUUUAAUAAAGGAAUAGUUUCCUGAUGUCACUACUUUGAAGUAGAUAGUUUCAUUUGGAUGUAUAGGUUUUAUUUUUUAAGAUUUAGUUUAAUUACUUUACUGUUAAAUAAUAAAAAAAAAUCAGUCUUUCUCUUGUUUUCUAUUUUUUGUUCCUUUCCCUGAUAACUUUUGAAUUCAAUCUUGACUACUGCAGGAGAGUUUUGAUUUAAGGGAUAAUAUGAAAAAAAAUGGAUCUAAUAUUUAAAAUAGAAGCUUACCUCCAUCCCUUUAAAAAAAAUUUUUUACUCAGAUGAACAAUUUGAAUUUAAAGACUGGAGAUCUUUGUACAAAGAAAUUGGAAUAAAUUUUAUAUAUUAAUUAGGCUGAGUUUCAAGCCUAGAGAUCACAGAUAAAAUAUUUAAAAUUGUACAACCAUUUUAUGUAUCAUUUAUAACUUUAAAAUUACGAAUGUCUUUUUAAAAGAUACGGGACCAGAAGUAUAUUUGUAAUUUGAAAAUGUGACUACAUACCAAGAAGAAAACUACUUAUUUCGAAACUUACCUGGGAUAUUAAAGAAUAUACUAAUUCUUAAAAAUGCUAUUCUAGAUCUGUACUUUAAGCACCAUUUCUAAAAUAAUUUAGAGUUUUGUUAUAAUCUUAAGAUUCACUGUAGGAAUUACUGUUGUUCAUCUAUCAGUUUAAUAGUGUAUGAGAUAAAUGCUUAGAGGUAAAGCCAUCUAAAGAUUUAAUGGAAAAGUUUAAGGUAUACUAACAAUUCUGACUGCAGAAUAAUUCAUUUUGAAGGUAUAAAACUGUGCUCCAUGUCUGCCACUUGUAGCUGAACUGAUACUUAAAUUUAGAUAAAAGAAAAUUCAGAUUAAAAUAUUGAGUAUUCUCA